AUGUUUGGACGUAAAAGUUACUGGGAAGAUAUCAAGAGGACGUUCAAGAAGACAAUAUUUCGAACAAAUCCAAGAACUCGUGAACUGUGCGUCUUAUGUUUUGUUGAAAAGAGUGGCUCCGAACAGGGAAGAGUGGCCUUAAUUAAAGAAGAGUGGCUUAGCUUAUAA